AUGAUGGUGUUUGCUGGGACAAAUAUCAGUUUGCCCCAGUCGAAUAUCACGCAGAAACUAACGGAGCGCAUAGACGACUUGAAGCAAAAGAUCGCUGCUUGGGGGAAGCGGAUUCGACGAUUUACUGAGAGGUCAAGGCGGUUCAACCAGAAUCUUCUCUUCCAGAGUGAUCAGAAGAGGCUCUAUAAAUCAUUGGGACGACUAAAGGUAUGUGGAUCGGGCCCAGGACCGGAUCAGGCUGACAUUAUCGCAUUCUGGCGUGGCCUGUGGUCAGAGCCCGUAAACCGCAGCGAGGGUCCUUGGAUGGAAGUUGUGGCGAGCCAGGGUGCUAGUGUUACGCCUAUGGACCCCAUCACCAUAACGCCUGAAGACGUGGCUGAGGCGGUCCGUAGGGCCCCGAACUAG